AUGUCCUUAGAACAGGCAAGGCAACUGGUUCAAUCUAAACAAUAUGCUGAAGCAGAAACUAUCUAUUUGAAUCUUUUAAACAAGGAUGAAUCUAGUGUAACAGAUUCUCGUAAAAAUGAACAGGAAGCAUGUCUUCUAGAAUUGGGAUCCCUUUAUGCUACUACCCAUGAUAAGACUAAAUUAAGAAAUUUUAUCCCAAAUUCCACCGAGUAUAUGUUACAGUUCGCCAAAUCAAAGACUGCUAAAGUAUUGAAGACUUUGAUAGAAAAAUUUGGAGAAGUCCCAGAUUCAUUAGAUGAUCAAAUAUAUGUCUGUCAAAAGAGUAUCGAAUUUGCCAAAAAGGAGAAAAGACAAUUUUUAAAGCAUUCUCUUUCCAUUAAAUUGGCUACCCUAUACUAUCAAAAGACUCAGUAUAAAGAUUCUCUAGAUUUGAUCAACUCUCUUUUGAAGGAAUUUAAGAAAUUGGACGAUAAACCUUCGUUAGUGGACGUACAUCUUUUAGAAGCAAAAGUGUACCAUAAAUUGAGAAAUUUAACAAAGGCAAAGGGUGCAUCGACCGCAUCUCGUACUGCAGCCAAUUCUAUCUAUUGUCCAACCGCCACUGUGGCAGAAUUGGAUUUAAUGAGUGGUAUACUCCACUGUGAAGAUAGAGAUUAUAAAACAGCAUACUCUUACUUCUUCGAAAGUUUUGAAAAUUUCCACCAUUUGUCUACACACAAUUCAUAUGGAAAAGCAUGCCGUGUUCUCAAAUAUAUGUUGUUAUCCAAGAUCAUGUUAAACCUUAUCAGUGAUGUGAACAAUAUACUGAACGCCAAGUACACCAAGGAGACUUAUCAAUCUCGUGACAUCGAUGCAAUGAGUGCCGUUGCAGAGGCCUAUAACAGUCGGUCACUGUUGCAAUUCAACGCUGCCCUAAGACAGUACAAAGAGGAAUUGAUGGGUGAUGAAUUGAUAAGAUCACAUUUCAAUGCGUUAUACGACACUUUACUGGAAUCUAACUUGUGCAAAUUGAUUGAGCCAUUUGAGUGCGUGGAAGUUUCUCACAUCUCCAAGAUGAUCGGCUUAGAUGCAAAGCAAGUGGAAGGUAAAUUGUCACAAAUGAUUUUAGAUAAAGUUUUCUUUGGUGUUCUGGACCAAGGUAAAGGUUGGUUGUACAUCUACGAUACUCCACACCAGGAUGCUACUUACGAUUCUGCAUUGGAACUGGUGGGCGAAUUAGACAAGGUGGUCGACCAGCUAUUCGAAAAGGCAAGCGUGUUAUACUAA